AUGGCGGACGAGGCCGUUGGCGAGCCAUCGAAAACACCACAUAGCCCGAUACGCCCAAUGGUCUCACUAGAGACGGUCAACACCCUAAUAACACCACCACCUCAAAAGAUCAGCUUGGUUUCUGAGGUACCACCAUCCGGUGGCCCGUCACCUUCUCUUACAACAGCUGCACCUUCCGUCACAAUCCACAUACCAAUACCCACACUGAAUAGCGUCACCCCACCGUUGUUCCCCAACGACGACAGACCUAAUCCGCCCAUUUCACCUUCUAUACUGCUAUUUUUUCCCAGCAUCGGUGGACUAAACAACGCCGGUUACAACUUCUUACCACCACCCAUACACACCCCAAACGAGCAACGACAAACGACACUCAUAACACCACCGUUAAACGGGAUGCCCCCGCUAACAACGCCGACGAAUAACACAGCUAAUGGCCCAAGCGUCGCUUUCCAAGGGCAAAACCACCCACCGCUAGUGACAGAAGCCAUGCCGGCUCCCCCAUUCAUGCCCUACUAG